AUGGCCGACUCAAAGCCCUCCACAACGCCCAAUGCCGCACCGGCGGCCCCAACCCAGGCGCCAGGCUACAAGGCCGCAACGCCGAAUCCUGCUUUGCGCAUGAUGGGAUUGCCGAACCUGCCCAAGAAACUCCCGUCGCGCAACUGGAUGAUCUUUUGGACCAUUACAGCCAGUUUCUCGGCUGCUGUGAUAUACGACAAGAGGGAAAAGAAGAGGGCAACCGCGCGAUGGAGCAAGGCAGUGGCACACUUGGCCAAGGAGCCCGUUACAUCGGCUACUCAACUUCCCAGAAAACUCACCAUUAUCCUCGAGAGCCCGCCCACUGAGGGCCUGAGACCUGCGCAAGAUCACUUUACCGAGUACAUGAAACCGAUUCUGGCUGCCUCCGGUCUGGACUGGGAAUUUGUUCAGGGCCGGAAGGAGGGCGACGUUCGAGCAGCCGUGGCUGAGAAGAUACGGCGGACAAGACGAUUACAAGAAGGCGCCCCCGUCGAGGAGCAGGAGCCCACUGGCGAGGAAAUCGUCCGAGGUAUGAGGCAAAGGAAUGCGACUCCGGAAUGGACCGGUAUCAAUGGAGAUAUCAUUGUCGGCCGACACACAUGGAAAGAGUACAUUAGAGGCCUGCACGAGGGCUGGCUGGGCCCAUUGACUGCUCCUCCGGUCCCCGAGAUCCCGAAGCCAGAGACACUUGCCGAGUCCGCUGAAGGCAGUACAGAAGAGAAGAAAGAAGAAGAGAAGAAGGAGGAGGAAAAGAAGCCUGAGCGACCUGCACAGCCCGUACCACACAACACCACAAACGACUAUGAAACUUCACCUUUGCCUUCCCAAAUACCCGCAGAGUUCUCACCUUCCACACCCGUGCACUUCCCUCACAUUCUCGGCUUCUCCAACACUUUUAUUCGGCUGGGUCGCUUCCUCAACCGCCGCUCCUUGGCCGAUGAGGUCGGUCGCGAGGUCGCCGCCGUCUGCUUGGCACAUGCUCGCGAGUACCGCCAGGACGCCGUUGGCGAGGAGCCAGAGAUCCAGACCGUGCUCGAGAAGGAAGAGGGUGACUGGCCGAAAUCUGUAUGGAAAGAGGAGAAGCCCAAGGAAGGCGAGGCAGAUGUCACCACACCUGCACCCGAGAAGAUUUGGACGAGCCCCAUCGUCUUGGACUCGAGAAUCACCCAGCGCAUGCGACGCUUCGAGCUGCUUCCCGAGGACGAGGCCCGCGCUCGCGAGAUUGUCGUACCCGAGGAGGAGAUUGAGGGCUGGAUCAAGGGAAGCUUCCGAGGCCUCUGGCGUUGGGCCACGGGCCCUUCCCCGCCCAGACCGUACUGGUCUGACGAGGAGUAA